GGCUGAUUUGAAAAUGAAACAUAACCUCAGCGAUAGCUGCCAAUAAGUAGUGACAUGUUAACUUCAAAAUUAGUGAAGACGUUUACUUUCAGUGCGCGAGUAUCGUCGGUGUCUCGUCGCCUCUAUGCCAACGGAGCGCAUAAAUACAAAUAUAACAUGAACGUAGCUUACUUUCGUCACAAGGACGGAGAUCCACAACUCCAGAUUAAUUUCCGAUACAAGAAUGCUGAGCUAGGCAUUGAUCGGGACUUCAAUUUCUGCCGGAAUAUUGAAGAGCCAGUGACAAUGUGCUUGGACCGCAUGAAAACAAAUAUCGAGAAGGAAUUUGGUAAAAGAAACAAGAAAAAGUCAAAGAAGAAGAAUAAGGAAGCAGCAAGUGAUGCAGUGGAAGGAGCGGAAGCAGGUAGCAGCACACCUGUGAUUACAGUGGAUCUGAUGCAUGGCAAGGAGAAAGUUAAUGAUCUAACAUUCAGGAAACUGUUGGAGAACAAUGGGACAAUGGAUGAUGUCCUGCUUCAGAUCGUCGGCGAGCCCUACAAAGUUAUUUACAAUACGCCUUGGGUGGAAGUUAUUACACUACCAACAUCCAUCCUGGCUGGAUUUUUCAUUUAUCCGGCAAAAUUGGAUUUGUUAUUUGCCGAAAAGAAGCACUCGAAAUUUGAGUGGUAUAGAGGGUUGUUGCCAAAAACAAAAAAAGAGGAAGAUAUCCAAUGGGAAAAAGUCGGAGAAGGGCUCACCUACAGCGCGAAACAAGAAGACAUUGGCUACCGAAUAAAAAUCCAAUGUAAGCCUGGGAACCAACAAGUUCUUGGUCCACCUGUUGAAUACAUCUCAAAAUGCAAUGUUGAAGCUGGUCCAGGAUUUUGCCCUUUCGAGAAUAGACACAUUUUUACAACCGAGAAGCUCUCUGGCGAUCAAUUUCGAGUAAUGAGUUACAACUUACUUGCCGAUCUCUAUGCUGACAGCGAUUACACUCGAAAAGAACUUUUCCCGUACUGCCCCCCGUAUGCAUUGAAUAUAGACUAUCGCAAGCAGCUUUUCAUUAAAGAGAUUCUGGGAUACAAUGCCGAUAUUAUGUGCCUACAAGAAGUCGAUGGUAAAAUAUUUGAUUUAGAUCUAGAACCACUCUUGGAUACACGCAAUUAUACGGGGCAAUAUCAGAAGAAAGGAAUUACCGCCGAAGGUAUAGCCACAUUUUAUAAUCAUGAACGAUUUGAAUUAGUCAAGUCUUAUGGGAUGAAUAUUGGAGAAAAUAUUCCAUCAAAUCCAGUUUUUAAGAGUUUGUGGGAGCAAAUCAAGAAUAAUAAAAAGUUAGUUGAAAGGAUCGUGGCUCGAUCGACAGCAGUUCAGGUCAAUACCCUAAAAUCAAAAGAGACAGACAAUGUCUUGGUUGUCGCAAAUACGCAUUUAUACUUCCAUCCAGACGCUGAUCACAUACGACUAUUGCAAGUAGGAUUUGCAAUGCUGUACGUUGAAGACAUUUACAAAAAAACGAUCGAGGAACAGAAAGUGGACAAGGAUAAAGUUUCCAUCAUUUUCUGUGGCGACUUCAACAGCGUUCCUGAAUGCGGAAUUUAUAAAUUAAUGACAGAGAAAUUUGUUGAUGAACACUUUAUUGAUUGGAGCAGUAAUGAAGAAGAAGCAGUGCGCGGUGUAAAUCUUGUCCAACCAUUCGAAAUCCAAUCUGCUUGUGGCAUUCCAAACUACACGAACUUUACAGCUGGUUUCAGAGCUUGUUUGGAUUAUAUUUUCUAUCAAACGAACAAUUUACUUGUUAAAGAGGUGAUCCCAUUUCCAUCCGAUGAGGAACUGAGUGCCCACAUUGCGAUUCCUUCGGUUGUAUUUCCAUCGGAUCACGUAUCUUUAGUAGCUGACCUGAAGUGGAAGAGCCCAAGAUGACCCCAGAAUUAAUCAGAGAUUAGAGAAUUAGUUCAUUCUAAUCAUGAUUGUAUAUUUCUUAGUUAAAUAUAUGCAAAAUAAUUUAUAUAAAGUGGAAAAGAACGCUUAUUGCGUAUACGCCACUCAAAAUCAGCAAAUAAAUUAUUA